AUGGCAGAGACAGAGAGCACGAUCGAUGCGAAAACAGCUCAAGCCAAGACCAUCCCAGUGGAGAUGGUGGAAUACAAGAUGAAGAUCUUCGAACAGGAGAAUUUCCAAGGCCGGUGUGUGGAGGUGACCGGAGAGUGUAUGAACGUCUGUGACAUGGGCUUCGAGAGGGUUGGCUCAAUGCGAGUGGAUUGUGGACCUUGGGUCGUAUAUGACAAAUGCAAUUUCUCUGGUGAGAUGUUUGUCCUAGAGAAGGGUGAAUUUCCCCGAUGGGACUCCUGGUCGAACAGCUAUCGGAAUGAGUACAUCAUGUCAUUCAGGCCUGUCUGUAUGGAUCCCCGGCAGCACAAGAUCUGUCUGUUUGAAAUGGCAGGAUUCCAGGGUCGGAAGAUGGAAAUCCUGGAUGAUGAUGUUCCGAGUCUGUCUUCCUAUGGAUUCACCGAUCGAGUGGGCAGCAUUACUGUGAGCUGUGGCACGUGGGUAGGUUAUGAAUACCCUGGUUACCGUGGAUGCCAGUUUCUUCUGGAGAAAGGCGAGUACCGACACUGGAAUCAAUGGGGGGCCCAUAAGCCUCGGAUCCAGUCUGUGAGGCGAAUCAGAGACCAGCAUUGGCACACCCAAGGAUGUUUCACCAUCACCAACUAGUGGGUGCAAGAUUUGGGGCUUGACUGACUCGGGGCAUGGUAAUGUGGCACUCAUCAGAAAGGAGCAAUGCAGGUAGAGUGGAUUGGGAUAGAGGGUU